AUGGCAGCCCUGGCGACCGCAGCCCGCUGCGGACCGCGCGGGCCGCGCCCGACACCUGCACGGCUCUUGCUUCCACCGACGCGCCCGGCGAGGACGCGAGGUCUACCACUCAUUGCGGCCACCGCCACAGCAACCGCUGCUGUCCUGGGUCGGCCGCUGUCCCAGGUGAGCCGCCAACGAAGUAUAGCACGGGCCGUUCCAUGGCCGGACACGCGAUUCUGGGUCUGCAAACUUCCAGACGGCACGGCGACCGUCUCAAAGCAAAGAAGUGCGGACGCCUUUCUAGCAUUUGACGCGUACUCGCAGCACAUGCCGGGCACAAGAGAAGUCCGCUUGGGCGACACACGUUUCUUUGCAUUUGUCGCGCCACGACUUGGUGCAGAACACCUGGUGGUCUGGCGACGCGUGGCAGAUGUGGAGACAGUGGCCGACGAGUACCAGGCAACGGCUGCGAUGCAGACUGGAGGCUUGCCUGUUAGAGAUGGUGAGCAAAGCCUUGAUCCGCUCAGCGAUGCGUGCAUUCGACUGACAAAGUGUUCGGACAAGGCACAGCUUACGGCGGCCGUUUGGCGUUGGGAAAAGUUGGACGAGAAGGACCCCAAUCGCUAUUGGACCACCGGAGAUGACACUUGGAUGUACUGGGAAAGCUUCUGGGUUCCAGCAGAGGACGCAGCUCUGGCCACGACAGGUCCCGCUUUCGGAGAUGCUGACGGGCUGAUGCUCAAGCCAACUCUCUGCGAUCACGCAAUGACGUCCUCACAAGGAGCGAGCGUUCUGCAACAGGACUUGGGCUUCGAGGAUGAGCAGGAAAGGCUGACUCGCGCAGCUCUCAAGGACAAAGCGUACUCGAUCGUGUACGAGUACAAUGUUUGGGGCAGUGACGUGUCGCGAUCAGGAACAGGCUCUGACCUAUGGAGUCCGGAAGCUCGUUUGGCUGUCACCGCGUUGGAGGCGGUGAUCGAGGCCUUCGGCAUCCGCUCCAUGCUGGACUGUGCCUGUGGGGACGCGACUUGGAUGGUUCCGUUCUUUGUCGCCAAGCAUCCUGAAAUCCAGUACACCGGUGUGGAUGUCGUUUCGGACGUGAUUGCCAGGAACAGGCAGCGCCACCCUGAUGUCAACUUCAUCUCACAGGACUUGUCCGAGAUUCCUCUUCCGAAAGGAGCCGAGCUAAUCUUUUCGAAAGAAACGGUGAACCAUAUGCAUCUUGUGGAUGCGCAGAAAGCUCUACAGCAAUUCGCAGCCACUGGAGCGCGAUAUUUGCUUACAAAUGUGCAUGAAGAGGUGGACAACUUCGUUGGUGCCGAGAAGACGUGCCAUACGACCUACAUCAAGUAUGACUAUGAGCUUCCCCCCUUCUCAUUGCGGAAGGUGGCUCGGGUGAUCGAGUACCAAGGUUUACAAACGUCCUUCACCUUGUUUGAGCUGAAUCAGGUCCCGUAG